AGUCCGGAGUUCCAGAGUUCCAGAGUUCGCUAGGCCGGUAUCAGUCGGUCUUGCGCCCUCUAACGGCAAGGGUGGCUAGAGGAGAAAACGCCCGCGUUAUAUCCUACCCUACCUUCCCCCCUUCGACUGUGCGUGGUACACACACUCGCCGAAUGACACGAUAAAAAUAAAGGAGAAAAAAACCAUAUACCACUCUCAACGAGCGAGGAGGUACAAAUGGCAAAUAGAUAUCGGAGGCGACGGCGUACGUAGUCCGGUGAAUAUCCUCGAGGUUCCUUACAGACUCCCCGUACAUCGUCGCGCCGCGUUUUCCCUUUCACUCUACUUUUCGUCGACCGCUUCUGCCCCCGCACCUGGGUUUACCACCUGGGUUUUUGUUACCGCGCUCUAUCGCCGCCUCAUACAAUUGCCGUCGUAUAGCUGUGUCCGAACGGACGAUGAAUCCGUCAACGCCGAUGGACCCGGUACACCGUUCUACACGAAACGACGCGAAUUCGCGCUAGAACAAAGCAGCGUCGUUGCAUCGAAAGAUAAUAAUCGUCGACCCUUCGCAACCUUCGCACUCGAUUCCCGCUCGUCGACGCCGGAGCACAUGCCGCCGUAAAAAAAAAAAAAAAUAAUAUGCUCGUUAACGUUACGACGAUAUACUGAUAACCAGCGGGAACUUCGAACUCGGAUUUCGAUGCUCUGAAUAUCGAAACGCCCAAAUAUUAUUUCCGAGGAUAACAAGCCCGUAACGCGCACAGCUGGAAAUGCUAAAGAAAUGGAUACCCCCUUCGGAAAACAGCUCGGAAAAUAACCGGGGAAAUAUCGAAGGCAGACAUUGAAGCCUGACGAUAAAACCUGCUUACGGUAGGGUGGCAACGAAAUCACGAUCACGUGGAGGGAAUUGAAGCGGGCGUUGAGCCUGCUCUGCGUAAGACCGUCGGCGGGUAGCAACGCGAUGUUGGAAGCCCCCCCAGGAAGUCACGAGGACCUGGUCGAGGCCGCCCGUAUUCCGUGCGCACAGCCAACAGACCUCGACGCCAUGCUGUACGGAUACACGAACGGUAUUUACGUGCUGGAUCACGCCCAGGAAUCGUUGCCGGACAUGGACAUGCUGCAACUUUUCGCCUCACCCGCCGGCCGGGCUCUGGUGGUGAACGAGAACCAGCCGAAGGGAUCGAGUUUGGCGUCCUCCCUGUCCCGGGAGUCUUCCUCGAGGUCAAAAAGCAGAAGACGAACCUCCGGCACGGGGACAGCGAGCGCUCCCGCCUCACCGCCGCGGCACAGAAAAUCGAGCGCCGAACUUUACAAAGAGGCUGCGGAAAUUCUCGGACUCACGUGCUCGAUGACGGACAGCUGCCGAUGCAUCGACUGUCAGAGCAACUAUUUCGACUGCGACGAGGACUACGGCGACACGAGAACGGAAGUUGCCGCCGGUACUCCGAUUCUUCACGCUCUUUCGCAUCCGCUCACAUGUACCAUUCAGUAGCCUUCGUUUUCCAUCACGUUCAUUGUUGUUUAAUCUAUAAUAAAAAUCGAUAUCGUACAAUAUGGCCAAUGGGUGAAAAUGAUAAGUGAUUGUCAGCGAGAUCAUGGCCUAAUUAAAUAACUCAAAUAAACGAUAACGAUAAUAAUCAUUUCUUGAUGGGAUAUCCGAUUGUUCGUUUACGAUAUACAGUAACCGAGUAAAUGCUCUUCGUCUCGCAAAAUAUGCGAGAUGAAUUUUUUUUCUAUAUCUGUUCGAUUUGUCGAGUCAUUUUUCGAUCUUCGCAUCGAAGAAAAUUUAAACGAUAAGAUGAACUACGUGAAAAGAAAAGGGAAGAAAAUUGACAAAAAAAAAUUAACUAUGAGAUAGACUAGUGGGAUCAUCACUCGAAUUACAAUAGCGACAAGCAGGAAGUGAACUUUGUGAUCGAUUCCAAGGUGUUAUACAUCAAAUAACAGGUGAUCACGAUACCCA